AUGUCGGCUUUUCUUACAGACCUCUUCCAGUCCAUCUUCACUCCCGGACCUACACCUGCCCUCCUUGUCGCAACAAACGUCGCAUUCGCAUGCCUACAAACCAUACUCUUCCUUCUCUUGAUCGGAACCUAUAGCAUCCACUUUGUUAUACUGUCGGUACUGAGCGCAGGUCUAUGGGGCUCCAUCAACUGGUUUGUGGCCGAGCUCAAAGCAGCAGAAGCGCGGGAGGCAGAGAAAAAACGCCUACAGGAGCUGGUCGGUGCUGGAGACGAUAGCGAGACUGAGGCGGAAACCGUGAUAGAUACGGAAGAUACUGGAUUUGCGAGUAAGGAAGUCGAGGUGGUGGAACGGAGAGGCGGCGCGAAAGAUCGUGGACGUGGUUUAGGAAGCAGUAAAUCCGAGCUUAGCACCGAGGAUGAAUGGGAGAGGGUAUCGGAGAAUGAGAAGGACAAGUGA